UUGAGAUCCCCUUUUUUGCUUUUUUUGCCACUCUGUGUGUCGGGAAUACUGAUCCGCACUCUCGCUAAGCCACUCUCUUGUUUACCCGUUCCUUGUCUGUUUUGUAUAAUCUCCCACGGACUCUCGACAGGGGGGGAUUAAUGCCCCGUAUCCUUCCCAUUAUUUAGGUGCCGCCCCUUUGAUGCCUCUCCGGCGAAAGCGACACAUUAAUGCGAGCGGAAGACUGUCCAGCGGAUGCUUCGCUCGCCUCCGCCUCCUCCCCGAACGCUGUCUAAAUAAAGAUCCUGUUGCGAGCGGCGCAUCCUUCGUCCGCGGAGAAGAGGAUGGACUAGUUGGCACCGCGGCCAUGGCCUCCUCGUCCCUCUGGAUUUGUGCCUUCGGCGUUCUCCUCCUCAUCCAAGGAUCCCAAGGGGGGUUCCACCAACGGCAGCUGCUGAAGGACCUGAUGGAGGACUACACUCCACUAGAAAGGCCGGUGGGGGACGAUGCCCAGCCCAUCACCAUCCAUUUCACACUGAGCUUAAUGCAGAUCAUGGACGUGGAUGAGAAGAAUCAAGUCCUGACCACCAACGUCUGGCUGCAGAUGUAUUGGUACGAUCACUAUUUGCGGUGGAACGAGUCGGAAUACCCCGGCGUGAAGACCCUGCGUUUUACGCCGGACAGCGUCUGGAAGCCGGACAUCCUUUUGUACAACAGUGCCAAUGAGGAGUUCGACUCCACUUUCCACACUCACGUCUUGGUCAACUCCAGUGGAUAUUGUCAAUGGCUUCCUCCAGGCAUCCUGAAAAGCACCUGCCGGAUCGACGUGCGCUGGUUCCCCUUCGACACCCAGAAGUGCGACCUCAAGUUUGGCUCCUGGACCUACGAUGGGUGGCUCCUGGACCUGCGCAUGAUGGAGUCGGACACCUCCGGCUACGUGGCCAACGGAGAGUGGGACCUCGUGGGUGUUCCAGGCACUCAGAACAAGGUCUUCUAUGAAUGUUGCCGGGAACCCUACCUGGACGUCACCUUUGCGGUGACGAUGCGCCGGCGGACGCUUUACUACGCCCUCAACAUGCUGGUCCCCUGCCUGCUGCUGUCCGCCAUGACGUUCCUCGUCUUCCUUUUGCCGGCCGACUCCGGGGAGAAGAUUUCUCUGGGGAUCACCGUCCUCCUAUCACUCACCGUCUUCAUGCUACUGGUCGCAGAGGUCAUGCCCGCCACUUCGGACUCCAUCCCACUGAUAGGGCAAUACUUCGUCAUGACCAUGACCAUGGUGGCCCUCUCGGUGGUGGCCACGGUCUUCGUCCUUCAGUACCACCACCACGACCCCGACGGCGGUUGCAUGCCCCGAUGGGUGCAGGUGGUGGUGCUGCGGUGGGGCGCCUGGUUGCUGCGCAUGCGCCAACCGGGGGAGGAGCCUGUGGGUCGGCCCCAUUGCACCCCGAGCCUCCUAAGCUGCAGUUCGGAGAGCAGCGACGGCGGAGGCACGCCGAUCCCGCAGCCCGCCCCGGCGCUCCCCGUGGCCAACGGGGGCCUGGCCUACGGGGGUCCCUUCCCCGCCAAGCCCCCCGAGGUCCCCCGGCCCUUCCUGCCCUCCCCGGAGCUCCAGGCCUCCACCCCGGAGGAGCUGCUCUCCAGCCCCGAACUGGGCCGCAUCCUGGAGGAGCUGCGCUACGUUGCCCGGUGUUUCCGGGGCCGGGACGCCGCGCAGGCCGCCUGCAGCCAGUGGAAGUUCGCGGCGGCCGUCGUGGACCGGCUCUGCCUGGUCACCUUCGUCCUCGUCCACAUCGUCUGCUCCAUCGGCAUCCUCAUGGCCGCCCCCAACUUCGCGGAGGCCAUUACUAAGGACUUCCUGUGAGCGCCCCUACUUUUCCGUAUCCCCCUGUACUACCCAGCUGAGUUUGGAAAAGUUACUUUUUUGGGACCCAGGAUCACCCAGCCAACAUGGUCUAACUUUUCCGGACUCCGAUUGACAAGAAUCUGAACUCUGUUCAAGAAAAGUGGCACCUACUUUUCUGUAUCCACCAGUAUGACCCACUUGAAUUUGGAAAAGUUACUUUUUGGGACCCAGAAUCCCCCAGCCAGGAUUAUCAGUAACUUUUCCGGACUCCGAUCGACAAGAGUCUGAACUCAGAUCGAGAGGAUACCUACUUUUCCGUAUCUACCAGUAUUACCCAGCUGAGUUUAGAAAAGUUACUUUUUGGGACCCAGGAUCCCCCAGCCAGCAUGGUCAGUAACUUUUCCGGACUUCU